GUAAUACGCAUGCCUGCUCGCCGGUAGCAAUCCAACCCCAAUACAACACGUGAGAGAGUGAAUGCUUCGAUUGUGUUUCUGCCGACUUUUUAGAAUAAACAGUCCUCUACGAUAUCUAUCUAUUGCACAAAGCUGCCAUAGAUCGCACAGAGGCCACUUCAAAAGCACCUUCGUAAUCGGGACUUUGUGGGCGAGGCAAAAUAAUUUUCAAGACAGCAUAGCACUUGUAGGAACAAAAAGACAGUUUGUAAUGGCUUCUGCAAACGACGAAGAAAUUCUUUCUAAUCUAAGGAAAUCAGUCAAAGAACAGGGUGAUCUUGUGAGGAAGUUAAAAGAAGACAAAGCUCCUGAGAAUGAUGUGGAAAUUGCAAUCAAAGAACUUAAAGCAAGAAAAAAAGCACUUGAGAAAAAGGAAAAAGAAAUAGCUCCACAAGAUGAGAGCUUUGACAGGGGAAAGUUAGAGGAUCUUCUGAAAAGAAGGUUCUUUUUUGUUCCAGCUUUUGAAAUCUAUGGAGGUGUGGCAGGUCUGUAUGACUACGGCCCUGCAGGUUGUGCCAUGGAGUCCAAUGUCAUCAAUUUGUGGAAGAAGCACUUUAUUUUGGAGGAGCAUAUGUUAGAGAUAAGGGCUGCUCUACUAACCCCACACCCUGUUCUAAAAGCCUCAGGCCAUGUUGACAGGUUUGCUGACGUCAUGGUUAAAGAUGUAAAGACAGGGGACUGUUACCGAGCUGACCAUUUGUUAGAAGGACACCUGGAAAAGCUUAUGGCUGACAAAAAAUUGCCUGAGGACAAGAGGAAUGAAUAUCAAAGUGUGCUUAAUAAGAUUGACAACUACAACAUGCAAGAACUUGGAGAACUUAUCAAGAAAUAUGAUGCAAAAGCAACAACGACUGGCAAUGAUCUGAGUGACCCUGUAGAAUUCAAUCUUAUGUUUACUACGUCGAUAGGGCCUAGUGGAAUAAUUCCAGGAUUCUUAAGACCAGAGACAGCUCAAGGGAUCUUUGUCAAUUUCAAGCGUCUUCUUGAAGCUAACAAUGGAAGGCUUCCUUUUGCCUCAGCCCAGAUUGGUCCAGCCUUUAGAAAUGAGAUCUCCCCAAGAUCUGGUUUGUUAAGAGUAAGAGAGUUCAUGUUGGCAGAAAUAGAGCACUUUGUGGACCCAACAGACAAGAGCCACCCUAGAUUCCCUGAGGUAGAAAGCCUCAAGGUGACACUCUUUCCCUCAGACUACCAGAUGGAUGGCCGUCCAGCCAUGCAGAUCACCCUAGGUGAUGCUAUACAACAGAAAAUGAUCAGUAGUACAACUGUGGCGUACUUCCUUGGACGUAUCUACCUGUUCCUGAUCAAGUGUGGGGUUGAUCCAAGCAAACUUCGCUUCCGUCAGCACAUGUCCAACGAGAUGGCCCACUACGCCUGUGACUGCUGGGAUGCUGAGCUCUGCACAUCUUACGGCUGGAUCGAGUGUGUUGGCUGUGCUGAUCGAGCCUGCUACGACUUGUGCCAACACACCAAUGCUACGGGGGAGAAACUAGUGGCGCAAGUCGAUCUACCUCAGCCUGUCAAAGUUGACGUAGUGGAGGUUGUGCCUGACAAAGCUAUUCUAGGAAAAGCAUUUAAGAAGCAAGCGAAAGAAGUAAUGGAGAAACUGACUACUUUAGACAGUAAAGGCGCCAAGCAAUUAGAGGAUGCCUUGAACGAGAAGGGAGAGUUUGCCAUGACAGUGGAUGAUCAGCAGUUGCUUAUUCAAAAGGCGAUGGUGAAGGAAAUAAAGCGAUAUCAGAAGGAUGUUCAUGUCCGUGACGUAGAGCCCCAUGUGAUCGAACCCUCGUUCGGGAUUGGCCGGAUCAUUUACUCUGUCCUUGAGCAUAAUUUUAAGAUCAGAGAAGGCGACGAGCAGCGAACGUGGUUAUCAUUGCCUCCUGUCAUUGCCCCUGUCAAGUGUUCUGUUCUUCCUCUCAGUAAAAACAAGGAGUUCUCGCCAUUUGUCAAGGAGCUGUCAAGUGCCCUUACCGAGAUGGACAUUUCACACAAGGUUGACGACUCCAGCGGUUCUAUCGGUCGGCGGUAUGCCCGGACAGACGAAAUUGCCAUUCCAUUUGGUAUAACUGUGGACUUUGACACAGUAAACAAAGAGCCACACACGGCGACACUGCGAGAGCGUAACACAACACGUCAAAUCAGAGCAGAGGUGAGCCUGCUGCCACAGCUGGUCAGGGAUCUCGUCCAUGGAAAGAUCACGUGGUCUGAAGUCGAGACAAAGUUUGGUUUGUUUGAAGGUCAGACGACUGGUAGCAUGUGAGCGUUUGUGUACCAAUAAGCAAAGGAAACUACAAUCACUUUUUAGUCGUCUUUCAAGUCUUCUAUAAAAUAUAGACGUACCUGAACUGUAAAACAUUAACUUAAUAAAAAUCGUCUCCACUAUC